GUUCGGGAACUGCAAACACGUUUGCAAAGUGUGCAGGCAACAGGCCCAUCCAGCCCAAGUCGCCUCACGUCUGCCAACCGGCCCAUUAACCCCAGCACGGGAGAGCUGAGCACAAGCAGCAGUAGCAAUGACAUUCCUAUCGCCAAGAUUGCUGAAAGAGUGAAGUUGUCAAAGACAAGAUCAGAGUCUUCGUCAUCUGACAGACCUGUCUUAGGAUCAGAAAUCAGCAGCAUAGGGGUGUCUAGUACUGUGGCUGAACAUUUGGCACAUUCCCUCCAAGACUGCUCAAACAUCCAGGAAAUCUUUCAGACUCUUUAUUCACAUGGAUCUGCUAUCUCUGAAAGUAAAAUCCGAGAGUUUGAAGUGGAGACAGAGAGAUUAAAUAGCCGUAUUGAACACUUGAAAUCCCAGAAUGACUUACUGACAAUAACACUGGAAGAGUGCAAGAGCAAUGCUGAGAGGAUGAGCAUGCUUGUUGGGAAGUAUGAGUCCAAUGCCACAGCCCUCAGGCUUGCACUGCAGUACAGUGAACAGUGCAUAGAAGCAUAUGAGCUGCUGCUGGCAUUGGCAGAAAGUGAGCAGAGUCUCAUUCUUGGGCAGUUCAGAGCUGCAGGUGUUGGUUCUGUUGGGGACCAGACAGGUGAUGAAAACAUCACACAGAUGCUUAAGAGAGCUCAUGACUGCAGGAAGACAGCUGAGAACGCAGCAAAAGCUUUGCUGAUGAAACUGGACGGGAGCUGCGGGGGAGCCUAUGCAGUCACUGGCUGUAGCGUGCAGCCCUGGGAAAGCCUGUCAUCCAACAGCCACACAAGUACUACCAGCUCAACUGCAAGCAGUUGUGAUACAGAAUUUACAAAGGAGGAUGAGCAGCGGCUGAAGGAUUAUAUCCAGCAGUUGAAAAAUGACAGGGCAGCAGUGAAACUGACAAUGCUGGAGCUGGAAAGCAUCCACAUUGAUCCCCUUAGUUAUGACGUUAAGCCACGUGGAGACAGCCAGAGGCUAGACCUGGAAAAUGCAGUCUUGAUGCAGGAACUCAUGGCAAUGAAGGAGGAGAUGGCAGAGCUCAAGGCACGGCUUUACCUGCUAGAGAAGGAGAAGAAGGCAUUGGAAUUGAAACUGAGCACUCGAGAGGCCCAGGAGCAGGCCUACCUCGUCCAUAUUGAGCAUUUGAAGUCUGAAGUGGAAGAACAAAAAGAGCAGAGAAUGAGGUCUCUCAGUUCAACCAGCAGUGGAAGCAAAGACAAGUUGGGCAAGGAAUGCAGUGAUGGCACCACAACACCGUUAACACUGGCUGAGCUGAGACCAUACAACGAGAGCGAACUGACUGCUGAACUGACAAAUGCACUCAGGCGGGAGAAGAAACUGAAAGCUAGAGUGCAGGAGUUAGUGAGUGCUUUGGAGAGACUCACGAAGAGCAGUGAAAUCAGACAUCAGCAGUCUGCAGAAUUUGUUAAUGACCUUAAAAGGGCAAACAGCAACUUGGUAGCAGCUUAUGAAAAAGCGAAGAAAAAGCAUCAAAAUAAGCUGAAGAAACUGGAAUCACAAAUGAUGGCCAUGGUGGAGAGACAUGAAACGCAAGUAAGGAUGCUCAAACAAAGAAUAGCUUUACUAGAAGAAGAGAACUCCAGACCACACACCAAUGAAACUUCACUUUAAAUACAUGUCUUUAAAAGAUGCUUAGUGCCAUUACAACUUUCUGUCUUUUGGAGUCUGACUUUUAGGUAGCUUCAAAUGCUAAAAGCUCUGACUGUCAACACUGACACACUUAGCACCUUCUCUGGGAUCCCAGAGAGGUAUCAUGGGGAUAAUAUAAGUGUUAACCUUAAGGACUGUUUCAUAAUGUAAAAUGGCAGUGCCUGAAUUAUCAUGCUAUAAUUAUGUAUGUUGUCUGUGUUGUUAUGUCUAUAUUCCUACAGCUUCUCUUCCAUUUUAUGUAUGUCCCAAUGGGUGACAGUGUCACAUAGCAAAA